CCUCAAAAUCAAAAAAUGUAUCACUUUUGGACAGACGCUGUGACUAUUAUCACUGACCCGAUAGUGUUAAGAAAGAGUCUUACGCUUUCUCUUGGGCAGGAACGCUAUGGCAACAUGACCCGUGUGUACUACAGAGAGGCAGUAGGAGCCCUAGUCGUCUUCGACAUGACCAGACUGUCCACAUUUCAGGCCGUCCUCAAGUGGAAAGGAGACCUGGACUCAAAGGUUGCCCUUAGCAACGGGACACCAGUUCCAGCCGUUCUAUUGGGCAACAAGUGUGACCAGCGGAGGUUGUGCCCCAAGUUGCCCAAACUGGAGAACUUCUCCAAAGAGUACGGAUUCAUCGGCUGGUACGAAACGUCUGCCAAGGACAACACCAACAUUGAUGCAGCCAUCACAUGCUUGGUGAAGAGCAUCAUGACUAUGGAGGAUGAGAGAGCCUUGCGUGACGCCACCACCGCCGGGAGAAGCGAACCGGAAGGCAGCGUUCUGGUUCUUCCUCACUUCGACCACAACACAAAGGAGAAGGGACACAGUGGGUGUUCAGGGUGCCCCUCGCUUAAAUCCAGAGACAGAGAAACCGACUGAAGCAGGGAGGGGUGGACACGUCUAACCCAGCAGACUGGAAAGAGAUUACUUUGUUAAAGGCUUAAAAUGUUGUAACUUAAAGAUACCUCCCCUUCCUGCCUCCGUGUUAUCUACACAAAGGCAUUUCUUCAGAAAUGUUAGAGGAAACAGUUUAAAGGUCCCAUGGGAUGAAAAUUUCACUUCAUGAUGUUUUUAAACAUUAAUAUGAGUUCUCCCAACCUGCCUAUGGUCCCCCAGUUGUUAGAAAUGGCAAUAGGUGUAAACUGAGCCCUGGGUGUCCUGCUCUGCAUUUCAGAAAAUGAAAGCUCAGAUGGGCCGAUCUCUUAUUUUACCCCUAAUGAGGUCAUAAGGGGUAAGAUUCCAGAUCUGCCCAUCAUUAGACUGGGCUGGAGAAAAUCUCUCGAAAGAAAAGUAAUACUGAAA